AUGAUGAUCUUACUUGUAUUAAUUUAUUUGGUGAUUGCUGAUGAAGACAUUUCUGAACAAUGCACUACACGAGAGCUUACAUCAUCGUAUAUAAUUGUGCCGAAAAAAGUGUCCAGUUGGUCGAGUGCAUCAUCCAUUCUGGAUCUUUAUCACUGUAAUAGAUUUCGUCGUCAUGUGGCAUACAUGUUCAUGGAUGUCUAUCUUCAAAUUAAUCUUACUAACGAACAUGCUUAUCAGCUUUAUCAGGGUGAGAAUUGUUCGGAGGUGUUGCAACAUUAUCACGAUGAUCAGCGUCUCUGGGGAUUAGUAAGGCGUGUUACGUUAUUGCGUUACAAGCAGUUAAGUCCAUUUUCUAAAACUAUUAUUGGCGUAAGUACUCGACAUCCGUAUGAAAUUCGAAUACGCGUAUGGAGUAAGUUUAUUUAG